AUGUUGGUUGCGCCAAGAAUAAUUUCUAAAGAUAUGCGUAUAAUGGUUGUUUAUCUGGGACCUAUUCAACAUCUUGGUCCAUUUUGGUCUUAUUUUAUGCUUAUAGUUCUACUGCAUUUUGCUGUGAACUCGUUCGUCUCUAUUAUGCUUUCCAUGGUGUUCAGAUGGUUGUGCUUACGUAGUUUGCGUUUUCCUACAGAAGCUGCUGUUGCAAUGUGUCUCAUUGGAUACGUGAUGCCGUUUUCUAUGGUGGUAUUCGCGCCUUACAUAUCAGUGGUCAGCGAUGCAGAAACAAACGACAAAUAUGUGAAUUAUACAAUCCCAGACCUUCACAAAUACACAACUGCUGUUGGAACUGAAGUGGCACAGGCAUUAACUGUCCAAUCGAUUGUGCCAUUAGUUAGUCAAUUCCCGGCUUCGUCAAUGUUUGUGCUGGCUCAGAUCGGACUUAUCUCUUCCUACACCUACAGCUACAUUAUCAUUCCAUGUUUAAGUAUAAGUUCGUUUGUCGAUCCCAUUGUCACAAUUCACUACGUGGUCCCGUUCCGAAUUUAUAUUCGAAGGACUCUCGGUAUGACUGUAGAGGUGAUCAGCACAGCUGGAGCAACACCAACCCAUGGUGUAUGGCGAGGAAGCGGUUACAGGAGCACAGAUGGUGUUAUAAAAUCACGAUCUAGUCUGUUUUGA